AUGUUUCCAGCCACCCCUCAGCGCCCCCGCGAGAAUGUCGGCUCUUUCAUCGACAACUUGAAUCGCCAAUUCGGCCUUGAAAUUCCCACCCCGACGAAUUCCUCACCUUCAGCGUUGCAAAUCCACAAUUCUCCGCGCUGGCGCGCUUAUAAGGGUAUCAAGAAGCUGUACUACCGGCGCAGAGUCGGCCUCGAUCGCUUGAUCCAUGGGUUCGCCGAAUGGGUCGAUGGGCAUACCCUGCCGCAGGGAGCACAGGUCGACUGGAGGCGCAACCACGGAAGACACAGCAAAGAGCCGGUCAUUUUGAGUGACGCGGAGCGGAACCGGCGACUGGAAUACCUGCUGAGCCUAGUGGAGCGCGAGAUCUCGGGGGUGGAUGGGGGGAGAGUGAACGGACGGAUAUCGCAGAGUUUUGCUGAUCAAUCCGCCCAGUCGGUUUCGCCGAGGAAGCGAAGAUUGUCUGAGGGGGAGGAUGGUGAAUUCUACACCGCGCCCAACUCGCCCACUAAAGCCAACCGGCCCGCCCCAUCGCCCGGGCUCGACUUGACAAAGCUGCAAGUCUCCGCUCACCAGGAUGAAAGGAAUGGCCUGCACUUGGCUGAGGGUGUGGCCCCGAACAGUAGAUGGGACACAUUGAAACCACCAUCGAGCUUUCUCGAGAGGUUGACUGCUCACCAGUCUACCCCUCGCGAUGACCCUCUCAAGGGUUCUGAUGCAGUGCCAACCACCAUGGAUGGACAUAACACUAGCUUCAUGACGACGACGUCCGUGUCGUCGAUCUUUUCGUCUCGCAUGGAUCGUUCUUUUGACACCACCACGACAGAUGUGACUGAGCCGCUUGCGACACAGUCGACCUAUACAGACUCCGUCGUGGGCUGGAUGGAGCAGGACAUGGACGGGAGCAUGGAAGAUCAUGCUAUGACGAAUGGGAAACCCCCCAACGAAGAGAAGGCGACUCGGGAAUGGAUUGUCGACAAUCUCCUUCGAUAUGGUCCGUUCUCGUUUGAGCAGACACUUAGUGAGAACAUCCCAUUGCGCUUCCGCUACGAGCUGGAACGGAUUGGACGGGCGUGGAAUGUUCCUCUCAAGACACUGUUCACCGGGAAAAAAGUGCCCUUUGCGACGCAGGACUCAUUCUGGCAAUGGGUCACCAAUGACCAUACCCAGCGCUGCGAGCGCCCUGUUCCACAACGUUCUCCAGCUAAUGCUUGGAAUGCUGCCGUGGGCGACUUUAAAACAGAAAGGCCUUCCGAGGUGGUUAUAAUGAACGGUGAUCUUGCAUGGUGCAGCGAAUCCGAGCCUGGAAUUCUGAAAUUGAACUUCGGUCCUCUCCAGGUAGACAAGACAUGCCGUUUCCAUCGAAGAUUCGGAUCGGAUAGGUUCUUGUCUCUUACUAUCCCGGCGCCCGCUCGGCCGCCCAAGUAUCUCCAAUUCCUCGAUCAUCCAACGGUGCUUCGCGAAAGUAUUGCUUUCUGGUUGACGCGUCAUAACCACCGAUGUUUGGGACGGGUCUGGCGACCGUUCUUCGUGGAGGAGGUAAAGUCCAAGGGAAAAGAAAGAAGAGAUCGUCGCUUUCGCAUCGACUUCUUCGCCGUGGACGGUGUCGAUUUUGAUCAGAAACCCCUGGAAAUGUCCCCCAUUGCGCCUCCGCACCAAAAGAGUGAUUCACAUACUCCAAUGACCGUGGAAGAUCUGCUUGAGUGGCACAUGCCGUCUGCAGAAAAUGCAAACCAGAGCAAUUGUAAGCUAUUCCAGCGGAUCUCUCUGGGUUUGUCCAAGACGACUGCUUCUGUCGCUCUUCGACCUUCUCAGAUUCUCCGCCUGAGAGAUGACCCUUCGCGGAAAAUUCAAAUGAACGAUGGCUGCGCGCUGAUGUCCCGAGGCUUGGCAAAUGCCAUCUCUGAUCAGCUUGGGAUCACCGGCGCCACCCCCAGCACUUUCCAAGGCCGUAUUGCGGGGGCCAAAGGACUUUGGAUGGUUGAUCGGCAUAGAUCUUCCAUUCACAGCUUCAAUGAAGGCGAUGGAAACAAUAUCUGGAUCCAGAUAUCCGAUACGCAAUUGAAGAUUCAUCCGCACCCCCAGGAUUGGAGCGAGCCGUUUGAUGCAGAGCAAUUGACCUUCGAGGUCGUCAAAUGGUCCAAGCAAUUGAAACCGGUCACUUUGAACAUCCAGCUCUUGGCUAUCCUGGCACAUGGAGGAAAUGCUCGGGAUUAUAUCGCUGAGCUCACUCGGAAGAGCAUUCGUGCCCCGUUCGAAGCCCUUGCGGAUGUGCUGGACCGCAACAGCAACGUUGCUUGCCGUGCUUUGCUCCAAGAGCUCAGGCCCUCUGGCGGAGACAUUACCAACAAAGCCCGGCAGCUAGAUGAGUGGGUGGCUAACGAUGCGGAAUUUAUCAUUCGCCUGUCCGAGGCAGGCUUUGCUCCACAAACAUUCUACCCUCUUCGCAAACGGCUCCGUUAUUUCUUGAGAUCCUUGCUUGACCGCCACGUCGAGGAGCUUCGCAUCCAGGUGCCGCUCUCGACGUAUGCCUUCUGUAUCGCGGACCCAUAUGAAGUUCUCGAACCGGAUGAAAUCCACUUCGGAUUCUCUAAGAACUGGAAGGACCCCGAUGGGCAGUUUGAAGAUAACCUGCUCGACGACAUGGAUGUUCUAGUUGGCAGACUCCCCGCUCACGUCCCUUCCGAUAUCCAACGCCGUCGGGCGGUUUGGAAAACCGAGCUCCGCCACUUCAAAGAUGUCAUCGUUUUCCCGACGAAAGGCGACCACCCGCUGGCCGAUAUGCUCUCCGGCGGUGACUACGAUGGGGACAUGCCCUGGGUCUGCUGGGAUCCAAAUAUCGUUCAGAGCUUCCACAAUUCCACCCCGCCAACAGAAGCGCUCCCAUAUGAUCACUUUGGUCUAACUAAACAUGCAAUACCCAUGUCCACCGUGCACUCUACCGAGGAAUUUUUGCGAGGUGCCUUCGAGUUCAAUCUUACCGCAUCGAAUCUUGGACGAUGCACAUUGGAACAUGAGAGAAUUGCCUACCACGAAUCCCUCGAUGGUCCAAAAGCAACAGAGCUGGCCUGUCUGCUGAGCCAUCUCGUUGACGGGCGCAAAGGUGGUGUGCACAUGUCGGAGCAAGCCUGGCAGGCGUAUCGCAAAAAGCUCAGUCCACAUGGACAAGCUCCUCCCGCAUACCGGGAGCCCGACCGCAAACCCAAAUUGGAGAACAUGAUCGAUUACCUCAAGUUCAAGAUUCUCGACACCGAACGACACAAUAUUCUAACCGAACUCGAGACAAGAUUUCCUGAAACCAUAUCCGAGGACGGCAUAGACGAGGAUCUCAUUCGUCCUUGGAACGAGGCCGGGGAAGCUGCCAAGGUUGACAAGAAGGCGGGUGGAAAUCUCGAUAUCGUUCUGCACGAUGUCACCCGCGCCAUCCAGAAGUUACACCGUACUUGGUCAACCAUGAAAAACGACGGGAUCCCAUACUCAGUGCGCAUUCGCCGGGUCGCCGAAGGCGCUAGGGCUCUAUCUCCGCCAGAGUCCGGGUCUCACCCUCUUGUCCACACAUGGCGCAACAGCCGUUCUGCAUGGCGGUGUCUGCUUGCUUCAUGUGCGUACCGCCAGUACCGAAAUUCUUUCUUCCCUUUUCACGCGUUUGGCGACACACUGUGCGAAUUGAAGGCUUCUACACUGCCAUCACGCACCAUCACAAAUGAGAUUGUGGCUUGCUUGCGAGUCAACCAGAAGCUGGCAUCCCGCCUCACCGCUGGUGACAUAUCCGUCAACCAUGCCGAGACCGAGGCGGACGAGUUUGAAGGUGAAGACGCAAUUCUCGAAGCACUUAUGUGGAGGCAGGACGCUAAGUACUACGACGAAUGGCACGAUGGAAUGUCUGUGGAGUGA